AUGUCUGACGCUGGAGAUGAAAUUCAAGUUGACGCCCCGGCUGCUGAGGUCGAGGUCACUACCGAGGCUCCAAAGGGAAAAAUGUCCGUUGAGGAUGCUCUUCAGCAAGUCCUGAAGAAUGCCCUUGUUCGUGAUGGUCUCGCUCGUGGUCUCCGCGAGUGCGCCAAGGCAUUGGACAAGCGCCAGGCCCACCUGUGUGUGCUUGUGGAGACCUGCACAGAGGCUGAGUACAUCAAACUCAUCGAAGCACUCUGCGCAGAGCACAAAAUCAACCUGAUCAAGGUCGGAGAUGGCAAGAUCCUGGGCACAUGGGCAGGUCUUUGCAAAAUUGACAAGGAGGGCAAUCCCCGCAAGGUCGUGGGCUGCUCUUGCGUCGUUGUCAAGGACUAUGGUGUAGAGAGUGAGGGUCUCAACGUGCUCCUUGAAUACUUCAAGAACCGAUAG